UUUUUUUUUAUUGAGCUAAACAGGAAGUGCUAUGACGUCACUUCCGGUUUUUGCACGGGAAAGUUCACUAUAAAAACGCAGCAAACAAAGGGUCCUGUUUUCCUCCCUGACUGAAAACACGGCUACCUUCCUCUGGAGUCUAUUCACAGGCCAUAGUUCUAAUGUGGUGCAUCUGCAUUGAGGGUCCCACCCGGUUGCUAUGGCAUCAUCCCCCUUCCCUCCCUUCAUCCCCCUACUACUCCUGACCUUGCCCACCCUGCACUCCCUUUUUUCCCAUGGCCCUCUCCCUCCCUCGCCAACCUGCAAGCCGGGUCGCUCCUGGGCAGUGCAGCUGAGUCAGGGCUCAGACCUGCAUAGAGGCUCCCUGGAUGAGCUGGCAGAGAGCGUGGCCCAGGAGGCAGGGCUGGAGAACCACGGACAGAUCGGGCAGCUGGAGGGCCACUACCUGCUCUGCCAUGCGCCAGCUGAGGAAGGGAAAGAGAAGCGGGACCAUCAGGCAGCUAACCAGGCUUUGGCCGCCCACCCUCAGGUGCUGUGGUACUCACAGGAGAACAUACUCAGCAGGUCCAAGCGAAGCAUGACCUUCAAUGAUCCAGAAUACCCCAGCCAGUGGCACUUGCACAAUGAUGUGAAACAUGGUAUGGACAUCAACGUGACAGGGGUGUGGGAGCGGAACAUCACAGGAGCGGGCGUCACUGUGGUUGUAGUGGAUGAUGGGGUGCAGCACACAUUGGAGGACAUUCAGCCCAACUAUUGUGCAGAGGGCAGUUACGACUUGAACUCAAACGACCCGGAUCCCAUGCCUCACCCUGAUGCCCGCAGCGAUAACCACCACGGAACUCGAUGUGCGGGUGAAAUCGCUGCUGUGUCCAACAAUAGCUUCUGUGCUGUGGGUGUGGCAUAUGGCAGCAGAGUGGCAGGGAUCAGAGUUCUGGAUGGACCACUCACAGACAGCAUGGAGGCAGUGGCUUUUAAUAAACAUUACCAGAUCAAUGAUGUUUACAGCUGCAGUUGGGGUCCAGAUGAUGAUGGACGCACUGUUGAUGGACCUCAUCCUCUGGGCAAGGCAGCCCUACAACAUGGUGUUAUAGCUGGCAGGAAAGGCUUUGGAAGCAUUUUUGUUGUUGCAAGUGGCAACGGCGGACAGUAUAAUGACAACUGCAACUACGAUGGCUAUGCUAACUCCAUCUAUACUGUGACUAUUGGAGCAGUAGAUGAGAACGGGAGAAAACCAUUCUAUGCAGAAGAGUGUGCGUCUAUGCUCGCUGUCACUUUCAGCAGUGGAGGAAAACAACAACGCAGCAUUGUGACAUCAGACUGGUCGCUGCAGCACGGAACAGGUUGUACUGAUGCACACACAGGUACUUCUGCAGCAGCUCCAUUGGCAGCUGGGAUGGUGGCACUGAUGCUGCAGGUGCGCCCUUGUCUAAGCUGGCGUGAUGUUCAGCACAUCAUCACAUACACAGCCACAAAGGAUGACAUAGAAGCAGAUUGGGAGACCAAUGGAGCUGGAUUUCACCACAGCCACAAACAUGGCUUCGGCCUGCUCAACGCCUGGAGAAUGGUCAAUGCUGCAAAGGUUUGGGAAUCUGUGCCAUUCUUGGUGUCCUACCAGAGUCCACUUUUAAAAGAAGAGCAGACAAUCCCGGCCUACCCAGACAAAAUCAUCCUCACCUGGAAUGUCACAGCUGCAGACCUUGAGCAGUCAGGCAUGCAGACCCUAGAACAUGUGUCUGUUACCGUGAUGGUAACCCACCCUCGGCGUGGCAAUGUGGAGAUUGUGCUGUUCUGUCCAAGCGGAAUGACCUCACUGAUUGGGGCCAGAAGAGUCUUGGACAUAGACGCAACCGGCUUCACAGACUGGACGUUCUCCACUGUACGGUGCUGGGGAGAGCGAGCCGAGGGCCAGUACAGCCUCCGCAUUACUGACCACAGAGACGCUGCCCCAGGAGAGCCUGUCCUUUCUCUGGGCACUCUGAAGUAUUGGAAACUCACUUUGUACGGCUCAUCUUUGUCCUUCCAGGAGGUGUUGCACAGACAGAGGCUCGUGGAGGAGGCAAUGAAUGGCCAGUAUCUGCACAGCAAUUUCUCACUUCCCUGCCCUCCUGGUUUAGACAUUCCUUCUGAAAUAGUGAGCCCUUUUACUUCCAAUAGCCUCAAGUCUUUGCUGCUCCUGGGCUGUUUCGCACUCUUCUGGUCACUCUACUAUACCCUGGAGGUGACCCUGGCCCACGUAGACUGGCGGGUGCUGUUGCGAGGCAUUCGAGGGACCAGCAGCGGGGCUUGGGGUGGUGCUGUUGGCCUAAAGGACGGCCAGUUGCUGGAGAUGCAGCCUGUGAUGGACACAGAGGCCAAAAUGCCCCUCAUUGCAAACAAUGAGGACACAUAGCACUCAGGGGAAAAAAAACAAUAAACUGGAAGUGGACCUAUAACCCAUGCACCUUACUCAGGCUGAGCUAGCACCUCUUUACAAGCUGGCCAGUGUUCAAGUGCUCACUCUAGAACGAAAAGGUGAGUUCUCUUAGCUGUGAUUUUUAUUAGAGUUUGAUGUGAUGGACCUUUGAGCUGAUGUGUGGAACGCUCUGAGCAUGGCUGGUGCACUGUCCCAUGGGAUAUGUCUAGACUACACUUAACAAUGUAUUACCAAGGAGAACAAUCGAAGGACCAUUUGUUGUUUUCAGGAUCAGGAGCCUGCUUCUGAGGUUGACAAAUGGUGCUGGUGGUGUGGUGUUUGUGUGUGUUAUUGUAUGUGAAUGAGGAAGGGGAGGGUGUAUGCGUACUUUCCGAUAUGAGUGAGUAAGAAAGAAUGCUAUAUUUUUUAUUAAAUUAUAUACUUUUUUGCAGGGUUUGUUUUUUUGAAAUAUAUACUUAUAUAAAUAUAUUGACUGGGUGAAAUGCAUCCAGCACUUUCGGUUUUACAUUUUCUUUUCCCAAAAGUUUUCCCCCCAAAACCUUUAGGCUGAAAAUGUGGAAUGAGGCACAUAAUUGAAAAUAACUGUUCUACACAGCUGUAUCCUAUAUAUAAAGGCAUGAUUUCUAUGAAAAUGGAUGCAUUUUGAGACUUAAGUCUUUUUAAAUGAAGUGAAGUGUACUUGUAUGAAAAUCCAAAGAUUGAAAUGUAAUUAACAGCUGGUCUGAAUUGAGACAAUAAAAAUGUGUCAGCUGAA